AUGGAGACCCAUUUCAACUUUCAUCAAAUCCAAGAAGACAAUGAAGACGAAGAUGAGCUAAAGAGCUUGGAUGAAGUGUACAGUCAAUUAACGGAACGCCAUGUAAGCAGGAGCAGAUCAGAUACGACACCAUCGGCGGGUGAAGUUCCGGCGAAACAGUUGAAGAAGAUGGUGCUUAACGUCACCACCGUCAUUAUCAAAGGAGAAGCAAUGAACGCUAAGGUGUUUAACGUCACCACCAUCAUUAUCAAAGGAGAAGCAGCGAACGCUAAGUCUGCGGAGAGGACCCUGAAUGCUCCUGACUUCCUAGAUGAUUUUUAUCUCAAUUUGUUAGACUGGGGGAGCAGUAAUGUUAUUGCCAUUGGGUUAGGGAAUUUUGUAUAUCUGUGGGAUGCUUCUGAUGGGUCGACUACUGACCUUCUCACGGUUGGUGAUAAUUUUGGGCCGGUGACUAGCGUCAGCUGGUCACUCGAUGGAAGACAACUUGCAGUUACCUUGAAUAAUUCGCCCGUUCAGCUGUGGGACACCUUGCAGGGGUCUAGCCAAUUGCUGAGAACGUUACGAGGACACAGAUUAAGGGUUGGCUCACUUGAUUGGAAGGGCCACAUACUGACAACUGGAGGCAUGGAUAGUAUGAUCAUCAACAAUGACGUGCGUGUAAGAUCCCACGUAGUUGGAACAUACAGGGGACACACCCAGGAGAUAUGUGGAUUGAAGUGGUCCGAGUCCGGCCAGCAGUUGGCUAGUGGAGGGAAGAUAAUUUGGUCUAUAUAUGGAGCAUAUCAAUGGGGUCUCCUAACAACUUAG